AGUUGUAUUUUUUUUUCACACAUGAUAUGUUUCGUGAAAAUAGCCGCUAACAACUAGGCAGCAAUGUAAGCUCAAACUCACGAAAGGAGAGAACCUGAAAGGAAAAGCGUUACAUAAUGGAGGGAUUACUCUCGGACGAUUUUGAUCAAAAUUCCCAUCUCCUCUCACACGGCGGAAAGAUAAUCUCAUUUAACUGCAAGCGAGAUUCGGCCUUGAAUGUCAGCGGAACUGGCGAGCUAAUUUUCCGCAGUUUUUCCUUUGAACCUGAAGGCAACGCGUUCCUGAAGGCAGCAUCAGAGGGAGCGGCUGUCAUCAGCAGCAGGAAAGGAGCAGCUCAGGUGGACAUUGUGAAAUGUAAAUGCGUCUUAGAUGUUCAGAAGAGAGUUAGGACGCCGUGUAUAUUGGUGACAAAAAAGAGUGAGAGAGGAGAGAGGUUUCAUUAUUGUCUCCUCACUCUGAGCAGCUCAAACCAGCUGGAGCCCCGCAUUGAGUUUAAACUCCCCUACCAAAUGAAGGAGGGUGCCUACAUCCUUAAGGGCCCUACAGUGCUGUGGGGACAUGAAAACUCUGUGUUUUAUACAUCUCUCCAUGCAGAAGGGGUUAGAAAGAUACCCAUUGACAUCUCACACUGUAUUUUUGGAGAACUUCCCAUCUGCAAGGGGCACGGUUUUGCUCUUGGGCUGCAAAACCUUCCAGAUCAGUUUUCAAAAAAGCAACCCACCAGCUCAACACUGUGCUAUUUUCUAGAGGAUGGACAAGUGUUUGAUGGCGCCAUGGUUUUACCUCGUCCGUAUAUUUGCAUCACCCAGUGCAUGCUGGUCCUCUCGGCUGAAAGGCAAGGCAACGUGCUGAAAUGUGCUGCGAUUGCAGCAACUUCAUAUAAGCAGCUCGUUUAUUUUGAGAAUGGGAUUGCAAAAGACGCAUGUCAGCUACCUCAUGACCACGCUGAAGAUAUUCAGGUGAUGGACGCAGGAAGGAAUGGCUGCCUGUUUGUGAUCUUCUUCAAACAAGGGGAUGUUUGUGCUGUGUGGAAAGAAACAUUUCAGAUAGCUUCCCUUUGGUCAGGCGUCAGUUCUGUUCACGUGGAUGACUUCAUGGGAUACGGAACAGACCAGAUGCUGCUGCUUUUUAAGGAUCAAGGAGUAGCAAGACAACCACUGGAAAAAUUCCUCCUCACUGACCUUUGUGGUAUUUCCUACUCCCGUGGUCAAGACUCUGAAGCACAAAAGACAGCCCCGUCUCCGCAAGAAAACCAUCUCAUGCUCCAAGCUUUAGAAUCCAGGUUACAGAGUGGAUUGAUCGUCCUUCAAGAGCUUCAAAGAGACGUGAGAGUGAAGGACAGAGUCGUGCAGCAGUCUAUCCAAGUCCUCACUGAUGUGCUUUCAGGCAGAGAGGCGGUUCUCACCCAGCAUGAGCAGGAAGGCCUUGUUGCUCUGUGGGACAGCAACGACGAGUUGAAAGACGAGACUCCGGAUGACGGGAUGGAAGACUCGCCAGCCGCGUCUUCAAAACCCCAAAUCGACGAGCUCUGGCAUCGCUUCACCGAGGACCGGAUGGUUGUAGGAGUGAUACUAACUGCUGAGAGUGCAGUACCAGCGACCGGUGUGAGCUUAUCCCUCCUGACAGAGACGGGCCAGAGCUCAGCGCCUGCGGUAAUUCAGACCCAGAGCCAAGCGUUCUGGCUCCCUGCGCUCCGCCCCUCGACGCCGUCCCUCUCCUCCUCCACAUCUGCCUUUGCGUUCUCGGCGCCCGCAGCCAAAAGAAGCAGGCAGCACAUCGCCAGCGAUGAUCUCCACGCAUGCAGACUGGCCGUGACUGCGAUGACCGAGCUGGCACCACUGCUGACCUCUGGCUGUGUCAAGUGCCGUGUCAUGCUCCAUUACGUGCAGAAAGCAGAUGCUUUGUCCCCUGUGAGCAAACCAACACCAGUCGUGCUGCACUGUGGUCAAGUUUCUGUAGAUAUUCAUAAUGUUCUCCAAAACCCCCUGCUGAAAACCCCACAAUUAAAAACGGAUGAGGUUAGAGAGGACCUGCUGAGUCUACUGACAGUGUUGGACCGCUGGAUCUUACAUAUAGACUCUCCUGAUUACAGUUUGGGUGAUGUGGAUGGCUGGAUCCAGAACAGAGUGGGCUGUCAGAAGGUAGAAGUGAGCCCUCAGUAUCUGUUACUGGACUCUCCAGGACCAUUUGCUGCGAUGCUGCUGCAAUGGCAUCAAAUAACCCCUUUCCAAGGAGAAUUAACCAUCUACUCCAGCCAUGUACAAAUGCUCCAGUUCUUGGACUCGCUGCUGGUGUUCCUCCCUGCGUCCUGCUCCAUCCGGCCUGUCAAAAGCACGAGAAGUCAGAGCGCAGCUCAGGUGUUCGCCUUGGCUCUGGAAGACGAAGUGCUGUCGCUCAGAGAGCACGUGUCGUUGCUUGUGCGUGAAAAAAAGGAGGAGAGCGAGGGGCGAGCUGAACCUGAGGAGCCUCCUGAGCCGGGCUCCGUGGAGGGGCUGCAGAGGUGUAGAGAGGCGUGGCAGCGGGACGUGGAGAGGAGCAGGAAAAGGCUGAGUUCGUGGGUAGAUGUUGGGAAGUAUCGCGAGAUGAUCCGAACCUUUUUUGAUGUCCAGAUGAACGGAGAUUUGGCAGCUCUCUUAUAUACUCAAAGGACUUUGUUCAGCUAACGUGAGAUAACUUUAAAAAAAAAAAAAAAAAUCUGUAAACACUGCAAAGCAUAUUUUCUUAGUUUGUGAACUUGCCAAAUAAAUACCGUUCUUCU